CAAACUCCCCGACCGACCGUUGUGUUGACGGACCUUGGACGACCCGACUACGACUGCGGCUUAUACUCUAGUUAACAAACAACUGCACUCGUUAGAAUUAAUUUCCGUUAAAAAAAAAACUGAAUCAACGUAGUAUAAAAGAAAAUACUGUACUGUUUUGAUACGAUGGGACGAAUUUCUGCCAACAGCGAAAGCUCUUUAGCGUUGAUCCGACCUGUGCUCCCCUUACGACGAACAAAUUUGCGAGAUCGGGUCGUAGUAUACUGAUAACCUUCCUCGAUCACGUAAUGGGAUAGUUGGGAACGAAUAAUUUCCUUGACUUAGCAUGGGAGAUCAUUUUUGUGUCGUAGUUUAUUUUGUGAGCUCCUCCCGGUUCCCCUUCUCAUCACUUCGUACUUCCCUGAUUGACUCGUUGCGAGUGGGAAAUUUUCAAAGCGGGACGGGGGUAAAAGCAGAAGGGUAAAGAAGAAGUUGAAAGUUGAUCUAAAAUAAUUUCGUAGCCGCAGCUUGUUUGUCAAUAUGUGUGUGUGUGUGUGUGUGUGUAAUUGCGUGUCCGUGUACGCCCAAAGCCUUUUUUUUUUCACUUCUCCUGCUCUUUCUCGCUAUUCCUCGAAGCCGGUUGUUUUUAAGUAGACGCAGCUACACUCGCGAUUCAAAACAAAACAAAAAUCAGAAAAACUAAUAAGUAUUCGAUGUUACAUGCCGUCCGUUCAUCUUGUGGUUCUCGGAACACAGAAAACGCAUUUCCUUUCAUUGAAAAUGUACAAUAUUAUUAUUAUUAUUGAAUUUGGCGGUAUCGCUACCGCUCUCCGUUGGUCUGAUUCAGAUACUCUCACUAGAAUUUUUUUUUUUCCCUCUCCCAAAAAUUUUUUUACUCUUUUCUUUUGUGUGGGGAAUUUAUUAAGAAACGUUAUUUACGAAUCGUUGAUAUAAUAUCGUUCUCUUUCAUACUUUUUUUUUUCCCGGGUGAUGAAUACACUACUUACAAUGUUUACAAGUAACAACCAAUACUUAUUGAAAGAAAUCCAAAGACCGGCGUCUUCUCGACGCCAAUAUUUUUCAUUGAUUGUCUGCCCUCCCGACACUCCCCCCUCCCCCCCAGUCCUUGUGUAAUGCUAAGAGGCACGUGUGACGAGGUGACUUCGUUCGCGACGGGAAGAUAUCGGGACGACGCGACGUGACGCUGUGUGAAACUGUGUGAUCAAAAAAUUUACGUAACGCUCCACGAGACGUGACCACCCCAUUUCAGAAAACGCCAAGGAAAAGACUGCCAGCUACGUCAGAAUGCCUCUAGUCGUGACCGACAAAGAAGCGGCCAAACACAAAAAUCGUGGCGGCGUCUUGAAUAAAUUCGUUCGUCGCUCUCGCACCCUCAAUGAAGAAAAGCUUCCGACCAAAGAACGUUCGAAACCGCAUCCCCGUCAUGCCAGCCAAUCGUUGGAAGACUUGGUCCGUUGCGCCAUUUGCCUGGAACAACUCAUCCGUCCAACCAUGUUGCCGUGUCAACACACUUUCUGCUUGGCCUGCCUGAAGAUCUACGCCCGGAAGAAACCGACAGUCAUCGGCUGCCCUACCUGUCGGCUCGAGGUGACUCUUCCGUUGGAAGGCAUCAGUGCCUUGCCCACCAACAUCCUCCUGCAGGCUUUCCUCGAGUCGAUUGCAACAACAGGCUCCGCUAAUGGCGGAAGCGACAACCUGUCGAAAGAUGACAGCGUUUCAUCAUCUCGGACGGCUAGUAAAACAAGCGCUGCUGUUUGCGUCCGUUGCUAUGGCAGCUCUCCGCACGAUUCAACAUGUCCGCACUGUAAUCAACUCUUUUGCAAGAGCUGCCACCUACUGCACGUUGCCGAACUCAGAAAGGAUUGGUCAAGUGUAAUUGAUGACUUGUUUGCAGAAAAGCAGCGCAUCUCCAUGAUCAAAGAAGAAUUUAGGGUGCGCUGCAAGAAACUCCGCAACAACAUCCGAGCCACCGUCGCUAUUCAAGUGCAACAAUUAUCGGAGAAGCAGGAUCAAUUGCUCGCCGAGUUGAAAACGUGGAGCGAGAACGAAGCGACCAAAUUCACUCAAGUCGAACAGCUUUGUGAUCAAAUCCUGGAUCAAACGCCGACCAUCGGCUCGUCUGACGAGGAGCCAAUUCCCGACACGAACGUGCUGAAGCGGUCGGAAGCCAUCCUGCAGACGGCGCGGCAGUGCGGCACGACCCGGUUGAUGUUCGAUAGUGAAGAGCUGUCGCUGACUUGUCAAUCGACCGAGAUGGACGGUGGAAUAGGCGCAUGCAUCGCAGCCCCAUCCUCAUCGGCUUCUGCUGCAGCACUUCACGCUUCGACCAUUCACAACGAGUCAUCGGCCCACGGCCGUCGAAAGAGCCGACGAGUGCUGUUCGUCGAGCCCGGCGUCGAGUCUGUCCAUCCGACUCCUCCUCACUUGGAUUCACCCACCGAAUCCAAAAAGACGACCGAAUUUCUGUCAACUGCUGAUGAGAGGUCGCUCUAUUAUAGGUCGCUGUCCGGUCAUCUGCGCCAUCGCAUCACGUCGACACUUUUACAACGCCCAGCCGGCGUGGCCGUUUCUCCGUGGACAGGCGAAACGUAUGUGGCGGCAACUGAUAGCCAUCGCGUUUACGUCAUCGAUAAGAGUGGCAAAAUAGUGAAAUCCUUGGGAAGUCCAUAUCGAUCGAACGAUCGCCUAGGUGGCGGCACUGCUGACACCUCCGCUAACGGAGUGACAACGACGUCUGCGUCGAAUGCUAAUUGCGGGACCUUUCUUUGCCCGUUCGGCAUAGCCUUCUCGACGGUGGCCGAAGAGAUUUACGUCACAGACAAGUGGCUCAAUUGUAUUCAAGUCUUCAACAAAGAGGGUGUCUACGUACGUCAGAUCGGUGUCAAAGGGACGUCUCCGGGCCAUUUCCGCUCACCCGAAGGCAUCGCCGUCGACUUCAAAGGAAACAUUUACGUCUGCGACACGUGCAACGACCGAGUCCAGGUUCUUGAUCGAAAUGGCGUCUAUUUCCGCGAAUUGGGCGUCGUCUCGCCAAUGACCCUUCCCGGUGGGAAGCUCUACCAAAAAAGGGAAUUCAGCGAGCCCACUGGAGUGGCGGUCUCGCCGGAUGGAUCGCGAAUAGCCGUCUGCGAUUUUGGUAAUUGCAGGAUCAAAGUAUUUGGCUCCAAUGGCGAACUGUUGGUCGUUUUCGGUUUCCGGGGAACUCAGCGGGGUCAAUUUCAACACCCGGAAUGUCUGGCCGUCGAUGACCAAGGGUUCAUUCUAGUCGGCGACAAUGGCAACGGGCGGAUUCAAAUUUUCCGUCCCAACGGCAACUUCGUUCGCUCUCUCGGGAGCAAAGGAUCGGGUCCGGGACAAUUUAAUUGGAUCUCCGGACUGACCCUUUCCAAAGACAGGGAUAUCAUUGCCACCGAUUUUAAGAACCACUGCAUACAGAUCUUUUAAUUGGUUCCCAAGCGACCACCUCUCUCGCCUUUAUGUACUGGUGGGGGCUCUUGAAUUCGUUAGAGGAUCACAAAGGAACGGCGGAUGGAGGAAUAUUCAAGGAUUCAAUGAAGCACAAACCCUCCCCCGAGUUUAAAAUCCUUCUGCUCUUAUGUAGUCGUUACAAUGUCACAUCCUUGUAAAAGGGCUCGUUACGCAUCCCCCCCCCUACCCAUCCCUGAACAGCUUCUUGCCUUUUUACAUAUCCAAUGUAUACGAACGUACUGAAGUGUACUGCUCAAAUGAAAUUACAAUUGAAUUCACUCUC